AUGGACCACUGCCCGCUGCAGGGUGAAGCCAAUUCCCGAUUGGAUAAACACAUGGACCCAACUGCUAAUAAAAUUCCACUGUCUGCUUGGUGCAAGCCACUCAUCCGGCGUCCAGAAACCAUCCGAAUCUCCACAUCAUGUGAUGCAGAUGUUUCCUGCACGUUUUCGACACAUCCAAGCCCGUCUCAUGGGUAUCCAUAUCUGGAUCGUAAGCUUCAACGGGCGAUACAAGGGAGGAUAUCAUGGAAUAUACGAUACAACCGGGGACAGCCAAAGGCAGCAAGCAGACUUUCGACGGAAGUUCCUGCCUGUUUUCUCCGCUUCAGAAGAUGGGGUGUGAGGCUCAGUAUUGGAUGGGAAGACUUCAAGGAAGCGGCGGCGGUGACGAUGGUAGAAAAUGAAGACAUCCCUGAAUACCGGACAGAUGAGAUUGAUCGGCCUCCCCAGUGA